GCGCACCGCUGGGCGCCGCCCCCCUCCGCCUCUAGGGGGUUGUUCUAGCUGCCGCUGCCACUCCCGCCUCUCUCCUCGCGGAAGCCCCCCUCCCCCGCCCCUUUCUGGUCGUCACGCAGGCUGUUCCCUCUGCUUCCCACCCUCCCCACCACCAGCUGUUCCCGAGCCUCCCUCCCUCUGCUCCCGCCGCGCCUGUUCCUCCCACUCUUCGUCAGUGGCUGCCGCAUCCGGGUCCUGGCGCCGCUGUCACUAUGGUCAUGGCGGAGGGGACGGCCGUGCUGAGGCGGAACAGGCCGGGCACCAAGGCCCAGGAUUUUUACAAUUGGCCUGAUGAAUCCUUUGAAGAAAUGGAUAGCACACUAGCUGUUCAACAGUAUAUCCAACAAAACAUAAGGGCAGACUGUUCUAACAUUGACAAAAUCCUGGAACCUCCUGAAGGGCAGGAUGAAGGUGUAUGGAAGUAUGAACAUUUACGACAAUUCUGUCUCGAGCUCAAUGGACUUGCUGUCAAGCUUCAGAGUGAAUGCCACCCAGAUACAUGCACUCAGAUGACAGCAACUGAACAAUGGAUUUUUCUUUGUGCAGCCCAUAAAACUCCCAAAGAGUGUCCUGCUAUAGACUAUACCAGGCACACGCUUGAUGGAGCUGCAUGUCUUCUGAAUAGCAAUAAAUAUUUCCCCAGCAGGGUUAGCAUAAAGGAAUCCUCUGUAGCCAAGCUAGGAUCAGUGUGCCGUAGGAUUUACAGAAUAUUUUCCCAUGCGUAUUUUCAUCAUCGGCAGAUAUUUGAUGAAUAUGAAAAUGAAACCUUUUUGUGUCACCGGUUCACUAAAUUUGUGAUGAAAUAUAAUUUGAUGUCCAAGGAUAACCUGAUUGUACCAAUUUUGGAAGAGGAGGUGCAGAAUUCAGUGUCUGGGGAAAGUGAGGCAUGAUGGGAAUUGUGGUACAGAAAGCAACUGUACUGAACACACAAUUAACAUUAUGUACUGUAUAUAUCAUUUUAGACACUUCAAUCAUGUAUCCUUAUAGCUUUGUUUAGUAUACUUUUUGUAUGCUGUGUGCAUUGCCUUUUAAUAUGGGAAAUACUUUAAGUUAUUCAUGAACUGUAUAUUCAUCAAUGUGGCACUCAUGGUUUUUAAAUAAAAUUAGUAUUAUCUGUUUAUAAUACCUGUUAAUAAAAGAAUUACAGUUGUGUAAAAUUGCUGCUAAACAAUCAUUGGAUCACAAUCCUCAAAUGUGUCUGAUUAAAAAGAUAGGUGAGACUAAGGUUUCACACAAGCUAUUUUCUAAUGAAAUAGCAAUGUUAGCCUUAGUUCUGAGUUUAAUACGGACCUUAAAUUUAGAAUCCUGCAGGAAGAUCCUUGUAAUGUAGCUUAUUCCUAAUUUUAGCUCUUACUUUUUAAAAAAUAACUCAUUUGUUUCUAAGUUUUAUUUCUGCUUUUGGGCGUGAGUAUAUAGUAUCAACUAUUCUUGUAUGUGUAUAUCCAAAUAUUAAACACAACUACAGUAUUAGUAAUACCAAAAGGAUAACUUUACUAUGCUACCAAAAGUAUAUUUUUGAUCUAAUGAGAGACAGUUGUGUACUAUCUGGACUUGCCUUUCUGUAACAGUAGAGGCCUGAAUACAUCAUGGAAGUGAUGUGUUGAGACUUAAGGCAAGGAAAGAUUAUUUUCUCUUAUGAAAGUCCUCCACUUUCGUUCCUCCCACGACUUCUCAAAAGAACAGCAGUGGCUGAAAAUAACUUUUCCUCUUGCCUAUAGUAAGGUACUUGGUGGGUUUUAUACCUGUGCAUAUCUAUAGUAACUGCUUACAGAUGAUACCUCACAAUGUUCAUAUUACACUACAGAACAAUGUACUAGCAUAGUCUUAGCAAAAAAAUUGAAUUCUAGCCUUGCAAUACUUUGAUUCACGUUGAGAGUAUGAUUAACAAUGUGCUUUCAUCCAUUCACCUGGAUUGUAUUCACUGAGGUGAAGUACAUCCAUAGUUGGAGUCGUUUGCAGAUUUGCAAUAACUCACAAGUUCCAUGAGUGCUGCUUAAUGGUGUUGAACUGUCCAGAAUUUGAUUAGAAUUAAAUGUUUUAAAGACUAUUCUAGCAGACUUAUUGUUAAUGGUGUACAUAAAUGAAGAGAAUCUAAAAGCACUAGCAGUGUUCUUUUUAUUAAUUGGAUCUCGCCUAGAUAAAGUUAGUUUUGUGGCUUCUUCACAGAGUAGAGACUUACGUUGUCAUGGGCCUGUUUAUGUAUUGAAACAGGUUAAAGUGUUGGCCUUAGUGGGCCAAGUCAUUUAUCUAAACUAUACCUCCUCUUGAAGGUAUAUUUACCUGGGAAUGAGAGCUAAUUUAUUUUUGAAUAGUAAUUUCUUCAAAAUAUACUGAACAUGCCUUAAGUAGUUAAAUACAAAAUAUUACAAGUCAAGUAUACCCUAAGCAACUGUACCAUCUGGAUAUAAAGGGAAUUUAAACAAAUGAGAACAUGGAGAGAGAGAGAGGUUUUAAAGUGCUUAUACAGUGCUGCCUUCUUGGGCAGAUAUUUUUGUGUGUUUUCAUUUUUAAAAUUGUAUUUAAUGGUCAGCAGGGUCACUGCAUCAGAUGCGCUCUUAGUGACUAGCUUUAGCUAUUGUGUUUGCACACUUGAGGUUUAUCUUAUACAGGUCAGAUGACUUGAUUUGAUAUCUUGAAAUUUGUACUGAGGGUAGAGGAUUACACUUUGGAGGUAAUAAGAUGUAUUUAACUUUGUAACAGUCUACUGUUGCAAGAUAGACCCUAGGACAUUUCUGUUGUACAGCCACUUUGACAAACUUACAUUGGCCUGGGGCAGGCAAAAAAGCUGGUGCUCUUCACUACUAAACAUUUUUUGUAAAAAUUGAAGAUAGCGGAACGGUGCCCAGAACUUCAUUAACACCUUAAACUUCUCUCAUGCUUUGAGUUCUAGUAAAAGCCUCCAGAACUGUUAAUUUUGUUUGUUCUCAUUCACAUAAUUAUGUUGUUGUACUGUAAAGUUGACUCACUGUACUAUCUAAGCUGAAUAUAAAUGGCCUCAGUGAAA